AAUUCCAGGUGCCAACAGAUGGAGCAACCAGCAGAGCAAAAAUCUUUCAUUGGUGAAAAGUCAGUCAAAAGGUCAGGGAGUUGGAGGAAGGUUGUGGUACCAUCCCCAUUGACACCACCUGAGGUGCUUGAGCUCACUGAUAGUGAGGACACACAAUGUGGUCUCCCAGGAUGCCACCCAACAUGUCUGACACCAUGUGCCUCAGUUGCUGGAUACAUGACCAUUUAUGCCUGCAUUGCCAUUAUUCAAGGGGCAUUCUUCACAUACUUCAUAGCAGUCAUAUCUUCUAUUGAGAAAAGGUUUGGCAUCAGAAGUAGAACCACAGGCUUUGUGAUGUCAGGCAAUGAGGUCAGUCAAAUCAUGUUCUCCAUUGUGCUCAAUUAUUAUGGGGGCAAAGGACACAGGCCAAGAUGGCUGGCAGGUGGAAUGCUGAGUGUGGUGGUGUGUUGUUUGAUCCUUGCUGCACCAAAUUUCCUGCUUGGUGCUGGAGAACUUUAUGACCCAGAGUCACCAAAGGCACCUCAGCUCCUUCACAAUAGUGGUGUUACUGACUUUGAGUCAAACACCACUUCCCAGAGCCCACUAGCUGCUUCUCUUGGCACCAUGGAAAAGACUGUGUGCAGAGUGAAACCACCUCAUCAAAGAUUCCAGGAUGAAAACUCAACACUAACCAGGACCACUGAAGUAGCAGAAUGUGAGGAAGACUCUGAUGCCAAAGCAGGCAUGGGUUUACUAUUUGCUGCCCACUUCAUCAGUGGCCUGGGAAUUUGCAUUUUCUAUCCCCUGAGUUGGUCUUACUAUGAUGACAGUGUGAAGCCAAGCAGAGCUCCUAUUUUCCAUGGAAUUUCCUCUGCAAUAAGAGUAACAGGGCCAUUUGUGGGCUUUGUGCUGGCUUAUGCAUGUCUGCAAAUUUAUGUGGUGCCUGGAAAGGAGACUGGACUGAGUCCAUAUGACCCACGUUGGUUGGGGGCCUGGUGGCUGGGAUUUGUCAUCAUUGCAGGCUUCCUGGCCAUCUUUGCAUUCUUCAUGGCCCUUUUCCCAAAAAGAAUCCCCAACAAGUACAGUAAUCAACAGGAGGUCAAAAGGAGGCAAGAGAAGAGGUCAAAGCCUCAGGACUCUGUCACAGAAGGGUUCAGAGAUAUUCCAAAUGUGCUGAAGCGCCUAAUGACAAAUAAAAUUUUCAUGGGUCACCUGAUAGCAGUUUGCCUGCAUGUGUUUGCAUACAUUGGGUUCUUCUCAUUCAGUCCAAAGUACCUUGAGGCUCAGUUCAGGGAAACUGCUGCCAGAUCUUCCAUUGGUGCUGGAAUUUCUGGGGUUCUGGUGCAAGUUUUUGGACUCCUGGGAUCUGGUUAUGUGAUCAGGAGGUUCAAGCCAAGGCCUGAAAUAGCCACAGGCUAUGGUGCAUUUGUGUCUGCAUUUUCUGCAGCAGGGAUCCUGUCAGCCAUGUUCAUUGGAUGUUCAAAUGUGGACAUUCAGGGGACUAUGAAAAAUAACAUGUUGGACUUGGUGUCAGAGUGCAAUUCAGACUGCUCAUGCUCCACCUCAUUUUACACCCCAGUUUGCUCAUCAGAUGGCGCUGUCAACUUCUUCUCUCCUUGUCAUGCUGGUUGUGAGACAAUUCUGUCAACUGGAAACCCUGGUGAUGACAGAAACAAAACGAUUUAUGGAAAUUGCAAAUGCAUUGUGGAAGAGAUUGCAAUCAGCACAGUUUCUGAGACUGAUGAAAAACAGUACAAAUUUGGCUCAGCAUACCAAGGCUUUUGCCAGGCAGAUUCCCUUGCUUGCAAUUCAUUUGUGAUAUACCUUGUAGUUCUUGGUCUGGUGAAACUGGUGUCUUCCACUGGGAGAGUCAUUGGAUUAAUGGUUACUAUGAGGUGUGUUGACAAGAAAGACAAGUCUGUUGCCUUGGCUUGCAUAGUGACAGCAAUAUCCCUGUUUGCCUCCAUUCCUUCACCCAUAGUUUUUGGGGCAAUAAUUGAUGACACCUGUUUGGUGUGGAAAACCUCCAAGUGUGGAUCAAAGGCCAACUGCGCCCUCUAUGACAGCAAUGCCUUCAGAUGGAAGUUACAUUGCUUCACUGCAUUCUUCAUUGUAUGUGCCACAGUAUGUGAAUUUUAUGUGGUGUCCAAAUCUAAGAACCUAGAUUUGUAUGGGGAUGAUGAUGAAAAAGAUGCUGACAAAGAGCGGCAAAUGGAAGCCAUUGAGGAAGAAGCCGCUGGUUUAUGAGUGGUGGAUUGAAAUAUAAAUUUGUUUACUGGCAUUUGCUUUGGAGAAAAAAA